AUGAUUUCAAGCUCAAGCUUUGUGGCCGUGAGUGGCCUGCUGGCUUGUAUCGCAGCGCAAACUUCAAAUCCGACUGUCCGAGCAGCGGUAGUCUUUAUCAAUCAUGGCGAGACUACGCCUACCGUUAUCGGCGAUCAUGUUGUCCUGACACCGAACGGAGCUCAGCAAAUGCAGCGGCUUGGAGCUGCAUUUCGCAGUCGAUAUCUAGGCGGCACCGCGAGUGACACAACCUCAAACAGCUCGAGUACAGCACCGAUACAAAGUAUAUCAACAGACAGUAUUGAUAAUACCCAGAUCGCCAUCAUGGCCGGAACGCAAGAGUGGUCGACUAAUAGUGCUACCGCGUUCAUGCAAGGUCUUUAUCCUCCCAGGAGCAACAGCAGCAACCUGGGCCACAACUAUGUGUUAAAUUCCAACACGACAGACUACCCACUAAACGGGUAUCAAUAUGCCCAAAUUAUUACAUAUCCUGAGUCGGAUAGUAACUCUGUUGCCAUUCAAGGCGACGAAGCGUGCACGGCAUGGCAAACGCAGAUGACCCAAAAUCUAUCCAAAAGCCCUGAAAUGACCAAGAAAGUGAACGACGAGGAUUACUUCUACACCAAGUUGUUUUCUAGCGAUCCUCUCCAAGGCAGCUUGCCAAGUGACGAAGCAUCAUACGUCAAUGCGAAAGAAAUAUACGAUUUUGUCAAUUAUGAGUAUGCCUACAACGAGACGGUUAACAAGGGUUUGCAGGAUGCCAAUGACACACUUUCCACUCUGCAAAAUAAUGCCUUUACUCUGGAGCAAGCAAAGACCAGCUACGGGAACAACACCGACAAGGACGACCGUCUCAAUGUGCUGUAUAGCAUUUCGGGACGUACGUUGGCGAACAAAGUUACGGACCAGUUUAGCACUUUUCUGGCGACCAGCGGAACGAAAGGGAAACUGACUCUCAUGUUUGGGUCUUCCCGGCCCAUGAUGGCCUUCUUUGGAGUUGGGGGUCUCAUGAACCAGCAGAAUCCAGAAGCAAGCGCAAUUUCACAGUUACCAAAGCCAGGGUCUGCUAUUGUGUUCGAAUUAGUAGGCGAUAUUGGCUCGGGUGGCACUGCAGAUAGCCUUCAAGUCAGAUUCUGGUACAAGGCAAGUGCUGAUCUGGGGGACGAGUUUUCGAAGUAUCCCUUGUUCGGGUCUGGUUUCGGCGGCUCUGCCAUGUCGUACAACUCUUUCCUCCAAAAGAUGAAUGACAUUAGCAGAACCCCUACUGAGUGGUGCACGAUUUGCAGUCCAGCCACGACAUCAACCUUUUGUAUGAGCAACCGUACUCUUUCUGAUGACCAAAAGAAUGGUUCGUCUUCAAGCGACGUCAGUCCUGCUGUCGCUGGUGUUUUGGGCGCCCUCCUCAUGGCCGUCCUUAUUGCAUGCGUCAUCGCAGGAUUCAUGGGACUCGGCGGCUGGCGCUUCAGCCGUCACCCACGACAAGAUGGCGGAUCUACUGGAACUGCCGCAGGCGGAUUCAAAGGUAAUGACAGAAAGGCUAGUGACGCGGACAUGACGGUUUCUCAAACAGGGCGGAAUGAGGAACGUGUGGGAAGCUGGGAGCUUCGCGACGGCAGAAAGGAGACAAGCAUCGGCCCAUUGGGCGCAGGCAUCGUGACGAGCGAGUUCGCUCACAGGGCGAGGACGAUGGAUGAGGAUGGAGUGAGUGUUACUGGCGAUCCGGUAAACGUGAGGGAGAGUGUGUGA